GCACAUCAUCUCUGCCCCUCUAUAACGCUGAGUUACUCACCUUCAGACGUCUGCAGGUCCUGGAGCAAGUCCUGGUCCUGGCUCUGAACCAGGAGACAUAAUGUGGUUGAUCGUGUUGGCCAGUUUGCUUCACUGCGCCUCGGCCUACGAUGUGGAUCUGAAGAAACUGGAGGGGCUGGCGAAGGCGAGGGUGGAGACUUGUGGUGGAUGACAGCUGAACAGGCUCAGAGAGGUCAAAGCCUUUGUGGUCCAGGACAUUCCUCUUUACCAUAACCUGGUGAUGAAGCACAUUCCUGGGGCCGACCCUGAGCUUGUCCUCCUGAACCACUACUUUGAAGAGCUGGAUCGGAUCGCUCUGUCUGACAUGACGCGCUCUGAGAUCAACCAGCUGCUGGGAAAACUGGGCUUCUACAAGAAGGCUGAACCUGAGGACGAGGUGCCCGAGGAGUUCCGCUUCUCUCCUGCCAAAGACAGCCCGUUCAAAGACGAGGCACCGUACAAACCUGCUACUGCCUCUCUUGCCACAGAGAACGCCUCCUCCGAGCCCGACGCAGAGGCCAAGCAUACUGAUCUAUAACCCAUCAGAGUGCAAAAAAGUAGGAAUCUCACAGUACCACUAAGCCCUAAAGCUGCUCCACGACCAGCUGGUUAUUGCAGUUGAUAACAGAAAUGCUCGUCAUGGAUCAGCCCUUGGGUGAGGAUACAAUCUUAGCAUCAGCAAAAGGCCUUAAUAAAGGUCCAGUCUGAAUUUGCACAUAUUGUUCUUGCUGUUUGUUCUUAUUGUUUUGCAGCGAUAAUAAUCCAAAAGGCUGCUUUGUGAGUGCUUUUCCACUCUCUACACAAAGACUGGAUAUGUGUACGUUUUGUUUUGAUUUUUGGUCCAUCAUGUGUCUGCUGUUAUCAGGAUCUUCGCCUCUCUUGAGUUCUCUUGUGUGUCUGAUUGCCUCCUGCCUGCUGUGAAACUGAAUGAAGCCUCAGGCUGAAAACUGUCUGACUGGCCUGAGGCUGAUGCUGCAUGUUCUGGUGGGUUGGACUCGUACACACAAGAGGAUUCAGGUGGGAGCGUUGUAAAAGAAAAAAAUAAAACGUUUGAAAAAACUCAUUCUUUGUCUCUCCUUUUACUGUGUUGAAUGUUGAAGUCUCAUCAGGGUUCUCGCACAUUUUCAUGUUCACAGUUUCAGAAUGUUUUUAUGAAUUUUCAAGGACCCAUAUCUUUUGUUCUUGCCCUACUUAAUCUAAUGAUUGUAAUUUCAGCUAUCCAGCAUACACACGGAGGGACAGACGGGACGCAAGGAGAAAGAAAUGUGUGUGAUUGCAAACUUUACAUAUGAACACAUAUUGGAGCGACAUUACGUUGACAGCUUUAGAAAAUAAAUUUGCCAUUAUUUUACAUAACAUGGAAGGUAAUUACCAUAACGAUUUCAUUGCACGCAAAAAAUUUCAUGACUUUUACAAAAUUUUAAAAGAUUUUUACUGAUUCCAUGACUUUUUCCAGGUUGUCCAUGACCAUGGGGACCAUGUCUCAGGUUGUGUAGAUCUGGAGUAUGAAUAGAAGCAAAUGUGAAAUUUGAUAGAAAUAAUCUAAUAUGUAAAAUAUGUGUUUCAUGAGACGAUUAAAAGCAAUAAUCCCCAACACAUUCAUUUCUCAAAUGGAUUUGAUUUUAUUCACAUUUAACUGUGGUGCACAGAAACGUGAAAUUACAAUGUGUUUAAGCUCUUAUGUACAGCACUCGCUGCUCCGUGGAAGGUAUUUGUUUGUUUUUCAGCUGGCAGCGGUGAAAUAAUUCUCAAAUAAUUUCUCUAAAUCUACUCAAAGAGAGCUUUAAGAGAUAACUACCAUCAAUCAGCUCCGAAACGAUCAGAUUUUCAACAUCUUCUCAAAGGAAUCUUAAUUUUUACAAUAAAAAUCUUCAUUUAAAAAUUUUCCUUAGCUUCAAGUUGUAAAAUAUACAGUUGGUAGUUAUGUUCAGUCAUGAUUACUCAUGUUUAAACAGAAAGCCGGCUUUCGUCGGGCCCAUUAACUCAUCCAAAAAGUGACCCCAAUUAGUUUUAACAAAACAAAGUGAUAGCUUGAACUUUUAAAAGCAUAAUGUACACACUAACAAAAUAAAAAAUAAUAUAUUUUCAAAAAAAAAA